AUGGGAGAAGGAGAAGAAAACGAAGCAGAGUCAAAUGAGAGAUCUUUGGCAUUAUCGCCUACUUGGUCCGUUGCUAUUGUCUUAACCGUCUUCGUUGUUGUCUCUUUGAUCGUUGAGCGCGCCAUUUAUCGCCUUAGCACUUGGUUGAGGAAGACAAAGAGGAAACCUAUGUUAGCUGCACUGGAGAAGAUGAAAGAAGAGUUGAUGCUGCUUGGCUUCAUAUCACUUCUUCUCACAGCUACCUCUAGCACAAUAGCCAACAUAUGCGUCCCUUCAAGUUUCUACAACGACAGAUUUGUUCCUUGUACAAGAUCCGAGAUCCAAGAGGAGCUUGAAAGUUCAAGCGACUCAUCUGUCAUCAAACGGAAUCUUUUAUCCAAAUCCCUCUUCUUCAACAUCUUUAGAAGAAGACUGGAAGACAUUAACCACGCUACUUGCAGCGAGGGGCAUGAGCCGUUUGUUUCAUACGAAGGUCUUGAACAGUUGCAUCGCUUCAUCUUUAUAAUGGCGGUUACACAUGUCACUUACAGCUGCUUGACCAUGCUCCUUGCAAUCGUCAAGAUUCAUAGUUGGAGGAUCUGGGAAGAUUUAGCUCGUAUGGAUCGACACGAUUGCUUAACUGCUGUGGCGAGGGAGAAAGUAUUCAGAAGGCAAACAACUUUUGUGCAGUAUCAUACAACUGCUCCUCUUGCCAAGAACAGAUUGCUUAUAUGGGUGACGUGUUUCUUCCGGCAAUUUGGACAUUCUGUUGUUCGUUCUGACUAUCUUACUCUCCGAAAAGGAUUCAUUGUGAAUCACCACCUCACAUUGAAGUACGAUUUCCACAGCUACAUGAUUCGUUCUAUGGAAGAAGAGUUCCAAAGAAUCGUUGGUGUGAGUGGGCCGCUUUGGGGGUUUGUAGUUGCUUUCAUGCUCUUUAACAUAAAAGGAUCAAAUCUUUAUUUCUGGAUAGCAAUCAUUCCUGUAACACUUGUUCUUCUGGUUGGUACCAAGCUGCAACACGUAAUAGCAACUUUGGCAUUGGAGAACGCUGGUUUAACAGAAUAUCCUUCCGGAGUGAAGCUGAGACCUCGUGACGAACUCUUCUGGUUCAAUAAACCAGAGCUUCUCUUGUCACUCAUCCACUUCAUUCUAUUCCAGAAUUCUUUCGAACUAGCUUCCUUCUUCUGGUUCUGGUGGCAGUUUGGUUACAACUCUUGCUUCCUCAAGAAUCAUCUCCUUCUUUACUUCCGACUUAUAUUAGGUUUUGCUGGACAGUUUCUAUGCAGCUAUAGCACACUGCCACUAUAUGCACUAGUCGCUCAGAUGGGAACAAACUACAAAGCGGCUCUGAUACCUCAGAGGAUAAGAGACACGAUUCACGGCUGGGGUAAAGCGACCAGAAAGAAGAGAAGACACGGGUUUUAUGGCGACGAUUCGACUGUUAGAACAGAGACAAGCACGGUUGCGUCUAUUGAAGAAUAUGAUCAUCAGGUGCUUGAUGUUGCUGACACUUAUUCAGAACAAGAACAUAAACAAGAACAAGGUGUUGAGCUUGAGUUGCAGCCUAUCCAACCUCGUGGUAGUGCUGCUUCUGUUUCUGUACCUAAUGAGUCUUCAAGUAGAGUUGGAACACCUCUUCUUCGGCCUUGUGUCUCCAUUUCCUCAGCAACGAGAACAGAACCUAUGGAACCACUCUCCAGAUCGUCUUCAUUGCCACUGAGAAGAGAGUGA